CCAUACCGGUACCAGGUUUUUUAAAGGAGUGAUCAUGCUUCCUCGCUGGAUUUCGCUGCCAGCACAUACUCGAGCACAGGUGGAAGAUGGGGGACGUAUGAUACCGGUGCCGCCAAGAUGUCACAAGUAAGGCGUCUCUAACCCUAUUACUCGAGUGUGAUUCAUACUGUAUUGUGGUGUCUCAAACCUUCGGAAAAAUAUUGCUAAGGCGAUUGAUAUUUGGUGAUUCUGGAUGGCAAAUAUUUCGAACUCAUCGGCUCCCUCUCCGUGACAGACUGCUGGGCUAACUAACUUAUGUUUCUCGGCGAUUUGGAAUGGACUAUUUGGUAUCAUACCGGUACCAUAUCAUACGUAAGGCUCUUUACGGAUGAUUCAUUCCAGAUAUUUUUAGUCAUUCGGGCCCGAGUGAGUUCAUAGGGGUUCACGGAGGCAGUUCCCUACUUCAGGGCUUUUCACAACUUUUUAUCACAUCAUACCAAGACUCAUGCUGUGUCCCCACCCUUUAUCCCACCUUCACCUACGAGUCCUCAACUGAAGGAACGAUCGUCGUGCCUUUGUGAAUCAUGAGCUUCUACUCGCACUAUACGGAAUAAGUCAUGCACGGUGCCCCGCAUUUGGUGUGGAAGCCUCGAUUCCCGUUCCAAGUCAUCGUCGGUCUAAAAUAUAGUUACCCCACAAACUCAUUGUGACCCUGCGUCUUCACUGGAGGAACCUGGAACUUGGGGUUUGCUAGAUCACUUGCCGUGAUCAUUACUCGUAACAGAGGCGUCACAUGGUGAACCCCUGCAGCUGUCAGAUUUGGCGGUCAUGAUGGGAAGCCUCAUGAUCUCUACAGUGAGGCUGAGCUCGAGCCACAGCUAAACAACGAGUGCAGAUAUAUAUAACUUUCACAAUAUGACGGGAAAUCACCUACGAACACAGUAGUGAGUUGGCUUACGCUACUACCGGCAGUCUACCGCGCUCAUAUGGAUACCAUACCGUACCAGUGGUAUCUUGGCGCUGCUCCCAAUACUCGAGUGCUCGUGGGGUGCUGAUGCGAUUAGUUAAGCAGCAUCGUUGGCUCGGGACCGGCCUCGUUUCUUUGGGAGAAUUUCAGAUGCCAGAAGCUGUUUAUUCGAGAUCGGGAGUCCCCGCUGGAUGCUUGUGGACACGCGACAAGGAGGAGCUCAGGACCGUUUUUUUUUUUCCGAGGAGGAGAAGCGGUCCGUAGAAGGGAAACAAAGAGCUCUAAGGACUCCUCCACACCGACUAAAUUACCGAGAUCCAGGAUUUUUUUCAACGCCUUUUUUCUUUCCAUCCUUUUCCUUUUUGAGUCGAGUUUUUCCCCCCGAUCUUUCUGUCCCUGUCAACGACGCAACCGACGAACACCAAGCUUUCCGCUGGUUUCUUUUUCCCGCGGCACAUUUCGCAAGGCUCGGAGAAAGGCGCUUCUCUUCGUUCGUCCUCGGCGUCUAG